AUGGCUGCACCCAAGGUAAUCGUUCUGGGAAGUCUCAAUGGCUCGUUGAAGCCGGCCUUCACGAAGCUCGCGACCCUCCACGCCAAGAAUAGCUUCAGCUUCGCCAUCGUGACAGGCAAUGUCUUCGGCAGCGACAACGACAGUACGGUGGACUCUCUUAUAGAUGGCGAACUGAAGGUGCCCCUUCCUGUUUACUUUACCGUCGGCACAGCGCCCCUUCCACCCAAGAUCAUUGCCAAGAUCGAAGCCGAUGAGGAGAUCUGCGAGAACCUCCACUUCCUCGGCAAGCGCAGCAUCACCAAGACCUCAGAGGGUGUCAGGAUUGUUGCACUAGGCGGAAAGUUCGACAAGGAAGUGGUUGGAGGUCAAUCGAAGGAGCAGCACCUGCCCUACCAUACCGCGGAUGAUGCGAAGUCUCUGAAGGGUGCGAAUAAGGCUGAUAUCCUGCUUACGACGGUCUGGCCAGCUGGUGUCUGGACAGGAUCCAAGGUCGCGCUUACUCCAGAGAAUCAAGCGGAAAUUGAGAGUACGGGUGAGGUUGCCGAGCUGUGCGCGACACUGAAGCCCCGUUACCUCUUCUCUUCCUCGCCCGCCGAGUUCUUCUACGAGCGAGAGCCUUUCGUGCACCCUCUCGAGGAAGGCGCAGAGGAUGCAGCCGUCACUCGCUUCAUUUCGAUGGCUCCCUACGGAAACUCGUCCAAGGCAAAGGCGCUGUAUGCUUUCACAAUCACUCUCAACGAGACCAACGUUGAGAAACCCGCCAAUGCUACCUCCACGCCGUUCAGUCAGAGAAAGCCGAAGAGGCGUGUGCAGGACGAGGGCUCCUACAGCCGCUUCGCCAACGGAGACGACGAUGGCCGCCAUCAUCGCCGCGGAAACAAGCGCCGGCGUCAGUCACCUCCUCCCGGCCCGGACCGAUGCUUCUUCUGCUUGAGCAACCCCAACCUAGACACCCACAUGGUCUGCACCAUUGGCGAAGACAGCUAUCUUGCUACUGCCAAGGGCCCUCUAGCCACCUCGCAGACCUUCCAGGAGCACGGUAUUGGCUUUCCUGGUCACGUCAUCAUAACACCUCUUGCGCAUACACCUACCGUCCACCACUCUGGCGUAGAGAACUAUGCUCCCGAGGAGGCGGAGAAAACGCACAAGGAGAUGGAACGUUUCCGCGAGGCUCUCCAGGCCAUGGUAUCGACCAAGUCGAACCGCAAGCUCGGCGCCAUCACCUGGGAAAUCAGCCGCGGCCGCAAUAUUCAUGCUCACUGGCAGUUCCACCCCAUCCCCGCUGACUUCGUAUACAAGGGUCUCGCUGAGGCCGGCUUCCGCGUUGAAGCCGAGAACCUCAAGUAUCCCGAGUUCGAGAGUCGCGAGGUCUUGUAUGAGGACCAGGCCGACUUUGGCGACUACUUCCGGAUCUGGAUCUGGGCAGACGACGGCGAAGACAGAAUUAAGGGCUCUAGUCUCGUCAUGAAGCUCGAUCCCAAUAUGCGCUUCGACCUGCAGUAUCCACGCAAGGUCGUAGCAAAGCUCCUUGGUCUCGAGAAGCGUUUCGUCUGGCAGGAUUGCACGCAGACCAAGGAGGAAGAGGAGCGAGAUGUGGCAGCCCUCCGUGAGGCUUUCAAGGAAUGGGAUUUUGCGCUUCAGUGA